UCCUCCCUCCUCCUCCUCCAAGGAAGGAGGUGGCUGUCUUGCUGGUGGGUGGGUGGUUUCCAUCUUCAGCAUCACCAAGCCGGAGGGAGGGAGGGGUGAAUAGAUGCUGAUGUUGUGCUCUGAAGCCACCUCCAGGGAAGGGAAAAUGGAUCUGGCUCACCCAUCCCUCCUUGCCUUUCAGCAUCAUCCCUUAGCUUCAACAUGGACGGCCCAAGGAGGCAAUGAAGGGCUCCUUUGGAAUGCCGCACAGUAAGUGCUGGGUCAACUUGGAGGGAACGGAUUAAAAACAUGGCUGUUCCUGUCUGAAGAAGAUUUAUCUCGCACAGACUCACAGUAGCCAACAACCAUGUCAAAAAAAGGACGCAGCAAGGCUGAAAAGCCUGAGGUACUGAUUAUGUCCUUACAAGCUGCCAAUGAAGAUCUCAGGACCAAGCUAACAGACAUUCAAAUUGAGCUGCAUCAGGAGAAAUCUAAGGUAAGUAGGCUCGAAAGGGAGAAAACACAAGAAACCAAGCGGAUCCGGGAGUUGGAGCAGCGCAAGCAGACGGUGCAGAUCACUGAACUGAAAGCGAAGCUCCAUGAAGAGAAGAUGAAGGAGUUGCAGGCUGUGCGGGAAAACCUCAUCAAGCAGCAUGAGCAAGAAAUGACACGGACAAUGAAAAUUAGAGACAGUGAAAUUCAGCGACUUAAGUCAGCACUGUUUGCCUUGCGGGAAGGAAGCAGUGACAAAGUACGGACAGCCCUGACAAUUGAGGCUCGGGAAGAAGCUAGGAAACAAUUUGACUGUGAGCGCCUUAAGCUUUUGCAAGAAAUCACUGAGUUAAAGUCUGCCAAAAAGCAGAUGGAUGAAGCUCUGAAUAAUAUGAUCCAAGCAGAUAAGAUCAAGGCUGGAGAUCUACGAAGUGAACACCAUUCCCAUCAGGAAGCCAUCUCCAAGAUCAAGUGGGAGAGUGAAAGGGAUAUCCGCAGACUGAUGGAUGAAAUAAAAGCAAAAGACAGAACCAUCUUUUCUUUGGAGAAAGAGCUGGAAACCCUGACAGGUUACGUUCAGAAGCUUCAGCUACAGAAAGAGGCUUUGGAUGAGCAACUCUUCUUAGUGAAGGAGGCUGAAUGUAACAUGAGCAGUCCCAAGAGGGAGAUCCCAGGCAGAGCAGGAGAUGGCUCUGAACACUGCAGCAGUCCGGACCUACGCAGAAACCAGAAGAGGAUGGCUGAGCUCAAUGCCACAAUACGGAAGCUUGAAGACAGGAACACACUACUUGUUGAUGAACGGAAUGAGUUGUUGAAACGUGUUCGGGAAGCUGAAAAGCAAUGCAAACCUCUCCUGGAAAGAAAUAAGUGCAUCUCCAAGAGAAAUGAUGAACUCAUGCAGUCCUUGCAGCGUAUGGAGGAGAAACUCAAAGCAAUAGCAAAGGAAAACCUCGAAAUGAAAGAAAAAAUGACAUCACAUCCUCCUCUUAAGAAAUUAAAAUCUCUUAAUGACCUGGACCAAGCAAAUGAAGAACAAGAAACUGAAUUUUUGAAGCUUCAGGUUAUAGAACAACAGAAUAUAAUUGAUGAGCUGACACGGGACAGAGAGAAGCUUAUUCGGCGGAGGAAGCAUAAAAGAAGUUCAAAGCCAAUUAAGAGGCACAUAUUGGACACAGUUUAUGGGGGUGAUGAUGAUUCCAUGGACUCUGAAACUUCAUCCAUGGCUUCAUUCAGAACAGAUCGCACACCAGCAACACCAGAUGAAGACCUAGAUGAAAGUUUAGCGGCUGAAGAAUCAGAGUUACGAUUUCGACAACUGACAAAGGAGUAUCAGGCCCUGCAAAGGGCUUAUGCGUUAUUGCAAGAGCAAACAGGAGGCAUCAUUGAUGCAGAACGAGAAGCAAAGGCACAAGAGCAGUUGCAAGCUGAAGUCCAGCGAUACAGAGCUAAAAUAGAAGACCUGGAAAAAACCCUGGCCCAGAAAGGACAGGACUCUCACUGGGUAGAAGAUAAGCAACUUUUUAUUAAAAGGAAUCAGGAACUUUUGGAUAAGAUAGAAAAACUGGAAGCAGAUAACAAUCGAUUGCAACAGGAGUUGCAGGAUGCCAGAGAUCAGAAUGAGCUCUUGGAGUUUCGAAAUCUAGAGCUUGAAGAAAGAGAAAGAAGGUCUCCACCCUUUAAUCUGCAAAUCCACCCAUUCUCUGAUGGUGUAAGUGCUCUACAGAUCUACUGCAUGAAAGAAGGUGUGAAGGAUGUUAGCAUUCCAGAUCUCAUAAAGCAGCUGGACAUCUUGGGCGAUAAUGGGAAUUUAAGAAAUGAAGAACAAGUGGCCAUAAUUCAAGCCAGUACAGUCUUAUCUCUGGCAGAAAAGUGGAUCCAACAGAUUGAAGGAGCUGAGGCAGCGCUGCACCAGAAAAUGAUGGAACUGGAGAGUGACAUGGAGCAAUUCUGUAAAAUAAAAGGUUAUUUAGAGGAAGAAUUGGACUACAGGAAACAAGCUCUUGACCAAGCCUACAUGAGAAUCCAGGAGCUUGAAGCCACAUUAUACAAUGCAUUGCAGCAAGAAACAGUGAUAAAGUUUGGGGAGUUGCUCAGUGAAAAACAACAGGAAGAGCUUAGGACAGCUGUUGAAAAAUUAAGAAGGCAAAUGCUAAGGAAAAGCAGAGAAUAUGACUGCCAGAUCUUACAAGAGAGAAUGGAGCUGCUUCAGCAGGCACAUCAGAGGAUCCGAGAUUUAGAAGAUAAAACUGACAUCCAGAAGAGACAGAUCAAGGAUUUGGAAGAAAAGUUCCUCUUUCUAUUCUUGUUCUUCUCUCUUGCCUUUAUCCUUUGGCCUUGAUGUCAAUGUGCCUGUCGCAAGAGUGAUGGAACACAAAGAAAAGUCCUCUGAAGGGCAGAUGCUUCCAAACCCACGAAGAAGAGAACACUGUUUACAACCAUUUCACAACAAAGCAACACUCCGUAGCCAAGACCACACACACCAUGUAGUUUAAAGCCAUUAUUCCAGAUUUGUUACUUGACAGUUCCUGUCUAAAGCUACAAUAUAUGCUGCACUUAUUGAAAUUCUGUAAGGAGAAGAAUAGCUCAUCAGCGUAUACCACAUGGAUUGUUCCCCUGCCCUUUUUUUUUUUCUUUCUUUCUUUGUAAAGAGAAAGAAUUAGCAAGAAGCCACAAUGAGCAGACUGAGUCAAGGUAUGUCAGGCAAGGAACCAAAGUGACUAUGAACAAUCUAUCCCUGCUGUGCAGGGGGGUUAUUUUAAACAUAAACACCAACUUCCCAUGAAAGUCUUCAAUAGUAAAGGGAACAGAGCAAAAGAAAAGUAUUCAGAAGACAAGGACAUUUUUUAAAAGUCAGUUUGGAAAGUCGGGCUUUCAUAAUACAGGGACUCUUUUUCUCUCUGAUUUUAAACUCAGGAACAAUGACAGCAGCAAUGUGAACAAGGGGAAAACGUAUUCUGAUUUUCUUUCAUAAUGGGUGGACAAUGGGAUUAAUACAUUUGGAACAGUAACCUAGCAAGGUGGAUCAAGCUAGAGAAAACAGCUGACGGUGCGCUUGAGGAUUCCUAACAAUGCUGUAGCCUUAUCUGUUCUUUACCGUCAUCAGGGCCCCUUCCAUCAAGGACAACCUAUGGGACAUGUUUGUUACGUCAAGUAAAGAACUCUACAUGAAUGGAACAUUCAUUUCACUAACCAUUGGGUGGACUUGGAAUGGGGUGGAAGGUCCUCUGACCAAGAAGCUGUCAUGUCAGAGAGGAGGCAAAUGCCUGCUGAUCAGGCCUCAGCUUCUAAGAGUUUCUUCAUCUACUCAUCUGUUUAAUGUAGAAGUGAACUUCUUUUAUGCAAUUUUUUCCCCUUGUCAUGGUUAUUUUCUCAGUCGUCUGCAUGAACUAAAAUGAGUAAACCCAAGAAACAUCCUUUUAUUAUCUCACCUGCCCAUGACAAAUGCAUAUCUUGCUGUCGAGAAUUGGCCUGUAUUGUUCAUUAAGGUCUGCCCUGAAGCAGCAUUUACCUUCCAAUUGACUGUAUGUUUCACUUAGAUUUUUUCCAUGUGGAAAUAACACUUGCUCAUGCAGAGUCCUGCUUAGAAUGGCUGGCCUGUAUUUGGGCAGGCUCUGAUGACUGGCAACUUCCACAGAAGCAAAUGGCAUCCUUGUGCUGAAGGCAGAUAUAGAGCUUCUUUUGGUCUUUUGACAUUAGAAGAAUCUCAGUUCUGUUCCCAAGGGUCCCAACUGACCUGCUGUUCCAUUUUACAGCUGUAUUCCCCUUUUAUAGACAAUAAGGGUUUUUCACUUAUUGGUACACUGGCAAAAUUUAAGUAAAUCUCUAAAUAUAAAUAGAGCAAGCAUAGUAUUUGCUUGUGGUUGUUUUCUCCUAAAGUACUGUAAUAUAUAUAAUAACAAUGGCCAAUAUUAAGAUUUAUGCUACAUAGUGCUUGGUACUCAUCAUGGGCUUUACCGUUCACAUAUUUAAAAAACUGAUUUCUGAAUGUUGGAGACACCACAGCUUCCCAACCCUGCCAUAAUGCCAAGCUUCUCAGCACGAGACCUAUAUUUAUCUGAUCCUACCCUGAUAUUAGUCAUAUCCCUCCUAUCAGGAAGAAGGAGAAAGCAGCAUUGACAAGAUGAACAACACUUUCUCUUACCAGUGGAUGCAUGCUACUAUUUUCCUCUUGCAUCACAAAGAUUAUUUUAUUUUGACCAAGUGUGUAACAGCAAAGUCUUGAAAGUGCAAACCUCUAAGGGUCCUUUUAUUGGUUAGCUUUGAGGGGCAUAUAUAUGUUAGCAGAAUUUCCAAAAUAUUCCAGGAUUUAGCCUAAUGAGGUAGGAACCAUCACCAGCAGUUAAUCAUUCACUUGUGUGGUCCUUGGUCUUUGAAACAUCAUUUUGUAAAACAUUGCAGUUGAGUUUGUGUUUACAUUCGUAUUACUCAGACACAGGGAAGUAGUCUGACUAGCAUUCUGGAUAAAUGCGUAAGACAUUAUCUUUCGGUUAUAAUCCUGUGCUGAGAGACUCUGUGGAUGGGUUCAUACCUGUCAACCAAAGAACUAGCAAGGUUUGCAGCUUGUAAUGUUAGAGAUAACAGAUUCAAUUAUGGUUAUACUACAGCAGGCUUUUAUCACAAAUCUGAAACUGGUGUAAAGAGAUGUUGCAUUAUUCUGGUACCUUACUUAGAUUGCGAUUCUUAUCGUCCCCUGGCCUUUUUUGUGUUCUUGAUAACUAUAUCACCCAGCAUGUGUGUCUAUAGAUUAUUAUAAGCAAUACAAUAUUUAAGAUCAUCACACGGUUCUAAAGACAUAGUGUCCACAAGUGUCAAUCUCUUCCAUUACAGCUCUAAAGAGAAAGUACCAUCAUAGUUGAUGGAAGUUGCUUGAUAUUGGAUUGCUCAUUUUGCAACUGUUUUAACUUUAGGAGAAACUUCCCACAUAAGCUUGAAUUCUGUGAAACUGCCUACCUGUUUGCUGUAAAACCUCAUAAGUGUCUCCAGAGAGGAGAUAUUUUUCAGACAGGGAUAAAUGAAACCACAGAAACCAGUCCCACAGUUAAGGAGGCCAUGCUGUACUGCCCAGUAUAAAGAAGAAUUUUUACUAAGUCCAACUUCCUCAGAUUCAGAGUUGUAGUUAUGGAGAAAGGGGCAAAAUCAGGACAUUGCCCCCACCCCCAAAUUCUGCUACCCUAAAAUUUUAAGUCCCCAAAUUUUUAGCAUUGUAAUACAUUAAAACUUUAAUUGAGCAUUUAGAAAUGCAAUUUAGGCAUCCAAAAGAAAGGAGCGAGUAAAGUAAUCAAGGCAAUGCAAACAUAGCAAAUAGAAUACUUCUAACUACAGUAGAGUCUCACUUAUCCAACACUCAAUUAUCCAACGUUCUGGAUUAUCCAACGCAUUUUUGUAGUCAAUGUUUUCAAUAUAUCAUGAUAUUUUGGUGCUAAAUUCGUAAAUACAGUAAUUACUACAUAGCAUUAAUGUGUAAUGAACUACCUUUUCUGUCAAAUUUGUUGUAUAACAUGAUGUUUUGGUGCUUAAUUUGUAAAAUCAUAACCUAUUUUGAUAUUUAAUAGGCUUUUUCUUAAUCUCUCCUUAUUAUCCAACAUAUUCGCUUAUCCAACGUUCUGCCAGCCCAUUUACGUUGGAUAAGUGAGACUCUACUGUAUUUAUAAUUAUCAGUCUCUCUAAGUAAUGUGAAAAUUCAAGGAAGAUUUUGAGGAGUUUGAGUACAUUUUCCUAGAUGCCAUGGACAGAUUUAUCAGAACACCAUUUGGCUUGAGGUUCAUCUUUAAUGAGGUAGAAAUAGAUUUUGUUAAUGUAAUUACAUUUCUCAAUGAGGAUUGGCCCUACCUGAUGACAGUGAGGGGGUAGGGUGAGGCAACUGGUUUUAGCAGCUAAUUUUUACAACCCUGAAAUGCUGGCAAAAAUCUUAAGUAAUUUAUGCAUGUUAUAAAUUUCAUUUUUAUUUUCUUCUGUUUUAUCCUGCUCUUCUCCUAAAAUGGGACCCAUUUUACUACCAAAGUGAGGAAGUAGCACAUGUAAGACUUUAGGACCAUUUCCAUGGGACAUAUAUCUGGGGCUGGAUCCAAAGCAUUGCUGCUUUGAACCAUACCCAGAUUCUGUCUUGGUGUUUAGGCCAUUCUACUCCCAACCCAUGUCAGACUGGUUUGUCACAACAGCAGUCACAGAGCUCCAGACCAUCAUUGAUGCCUUUGCCGAUGUCAGCAAAGAUGUCUGCAUGACUUGAAGAGGACAGAGAAACUUCCCCCCUUCUCCUCUCUAAGUCAUGAAGACACCCUUGCUGACAUCGGCAAAGGCACCAAGCAACAGCCAGGAGCUCUCUGGAGUUCCUUGGCUGCAGCUACAGUGACAAAAAAUUACACAGGUAAGUGCCAUCCACAUGUCCACAUUGGGGCCAGUUCCAAAACAGAACCUGCUCAGCAGCUCACACACCGAAAUGUAGGGCUGCUUUGGAGUUCAGGGAAGCAUUCCUCAACUUUUCCUAAUGGGGUAGAAUAAAAAUAAUCGGUUACCUCUCCCCCCCCCCCCCCCAAAUUAGGAACAGAAACACCCUGUUCAUCAAGUAGAUGUCCAUGAAUGAUAUCUGAUUGAAUUCAAAGUUUGUGGCCUGUGUGGAUGAGCUCUUUCUUCCCCAGGUGAUACUGAAAUGGCUUUACCAGCAUUAACACAAUAAAUUUACUGCAUGGCACCACCGGUUGCAGGAUACAGAUAUUUGGUGGAAGGAAUUUAACAAAAUAAUGGAAAGUGGCUAUGUUGGCAAACUUAGUAUGUGGUCUCUCUCUCUCUCUCUCUCUCUCUCUCUCUCUCUCUCUCUCUCUCUCUCUCUCUCUCUCUCUCUCUCUCCCCCCCCCCCCCCCAGUAAAAGUAAUCACUGUCAUUGCUAAAUGAACUAAGCAGCUUUCUGAGAUAAAAACAUUCUGGUGAUUGUUCUUACUGCAUAUGUUGACAGACGUAUAAUUACUCUGUUUGUACAAAUUGUUUGUGGCCCUGCAAUUGUUUCUCUUUAAUUAAGCAAUCUUCAGUUGAGAAAAUAUUUCCUGUUCUAUGAGGGAAAGUGUUGCUCAUCCUAUCAGUUCUAAUUUUCAUUGCCAACCACACUUACACAAAGAAACACAAUGGGAAUUCCACAACUGUCUUGUAUGUAUCCCCUCUAUGGUGCUGGUAUAAUAUUUGGAGUGUGUACAUGAGGUGUGACAAAUGCAGUAAUCAUUUUGGCUUUCUGUUUUUGUUAUUUUUUACAAGUUUAGAAUGGAAAAUGUUAGGCACUCAUAGAAAAGCUCAGACAGCACACUUUCAAGUGUGGUACUUUUGAAAAUUAAAUGGCCCAUUCUGAGAUUUGUGCACUUUAUAGUGCUUUUAAUGCACUUUAAAGUGAAAUUUUGCCUUUCAUGCCCAUUUAUUGCUUAUUAUAGGUAAUUCGAAUUAUUUCUCUGAACACUGCAUCAGAUCAAGAAACAGUCUAAAUAUGAACUUGUUUUAACAAGGUAAAAUGACUGUCUAAUGUUAUUGAUAUGAUUAAUCAUGUAUAUGCCAUUGUGAAUCCUUUCUUCUCCUCUGUGGCAGAUUUCACCAGAUAACAUGUAAUUUAAAUGCCUGUAAAGUUCAGUUUGAUGUAUUUUUUUAACAUUCUGGAAAGGGAGUAACUCAGAUUUGGAUUCCUUAACGACAGGUCUCAAACACUGGCCAAGGAGGUUGCUUUGAUGAUCUGUGGCUUGUUGUCUUUUGUCACAUAACAAAACACAUUUCUAAUUCCAGUUAAAUGACCAAUGAAUUUCUCAUGGCUUCUCAUUCUAUUCCCAACCCUUUUUAUGGCAGGGGAAGAUGGGACUGCUACUUAAGUCAAUGUUCCCCAGCAUUCUUAGCAUGCUGAAGAAACUUAGCAUUUUCUCACCUAUGUCUUUGGUAUUGCAAUAUGUUCUUUGUGUAUGCAUGUUCAUCCCACAUUAUCUAAUACAUACAGCCAAUCCUUUGAUUAAGGCUCCGGAGGAGGACAGGUAAUGCCCAGCUGCUUGGUUAAAAAAGUAUGCUACAUGAAGCAUAGACUGGUCUGUCAGAUUUACUCUAUAGACUUUGGAGGGGCUUUCCGUCUCCUCAGUGCAAUGCAAUCUGUGCCUAAUAUCCACUUCUUGAUAGUGACUCUGCAAACCUUCUAAAGAUCAACAUGAGUUCACCUUUAGGCUAAGUAUGUAUGAGAAAAUACAUACACAUACUAUUGUAUAUAUAUAUCUAUCUCCAAUGUAUAUAGUAGGAUGCUGUUAGUACUUAUAAAAGUGUACUUCCAAUUCCAAGACUGAUGAUGUGUUGUUCAAAGACAACAUGGCUAAUAGUUGCUGGUGAGUUUGAUAAAAGGUCUGGUACCAUUGUCCCAUGCCACCACCAGACAUAUACAGCUCAGCCUAGGUGAUCACAAAUGCUUAGGGGGCUAUCCCAAACUCACCAAAAUGUCAAAAGAGAUUCUAGGAUGUUCAGCUGAAAACCCUACACUUCUUGAAUCUUUUCCCAAAAUGGAAUCAGAUACUACUUUCCAUCUUGAACAGCAUUUCAUGUUUCAAUUUGGUGUCUCAAAAGUGUUUCUUUGUGGUGCCCUGUGGCUUUUACUGCCACAUGAGUAUUGAGAAAGAUCACACCCUUCAGCCUUUUGUCAAUGCAGGUAUGGGGGAAAUGCUUCAUGUGUCAAACACUGGGCAAAAGCCAGUUUUGUGUGCAGUUCAGCAGUAUUACUACCCACAGGAAUCACAAUUACAAGCUUUCUCUUUUGACAUAUCAAAAGGACACAGAAUUAAACAUAAUGGUAAACUUUCCAAUGUCUCAGCUUUGGGGCAGUGUGACAAUAUCAUAAAUCACAAAAUGUUUUUCUCUCCUAUAUUCCGGUUGGACUAAGCUGACCAGCUGUUUUUUGCCCGACUAACCUUAGAUUCAGCAAUUUGGAUAAGUAUUGCAUUUUUUCUCCAUGGCUCCUCCCUGUAUAUAACUUGCUCCCAUUUUUGUGUCUAUAAUUCCAGAAGAGAACUGUAAAUUAUUUGGCAGAAUGAGCCUUUGAUAAACACUGCGGACAUGUAUAUGUACUAUAUGUAUUAACGUGUAGAUGAGAAUCCUUAUUGUAUGUAAAGUUUUAUGAAUGGUUAUUUUUUAAUUUAUGUAUUUAAUAUAGGAUUCAAUGACCUCUGGUGUUUUAGUUUGUAUAAAAAAAUUAAACAGCAUUUUUUAAAACUUUA